UUUGUGUAUAAAUAUGAAAUUCAAGCAACAUUUUUUAGUAACUGAUAAUACUUCCAACAUGAAUAAGUUUAUUGUUGUACUGUUGGUUGCAUUUUGUGGGGCUGCCCUGGCAGAUAAGUCGGUCUUAGUUCCGGCCCUCGGAUCCAUUUUUCCGUUGAAAAAGAAGGUCCACGAAGACAUAAUUAAAGCCAACCAAAUCAAGAUCGACGAAUUGUCAAACGAAGUCCUCAAGCAGUCCAAACUGGCCGCGCAGAUCCUCACCCACACCACCACAGUGCUGAAAUCCGACGUGGAAAACUCUGCCGAAACUUUGGACCAAGACAUCAGCAACAUCAAGGUUAUGAUCAACCAACAAUUUAAAAAGCCAAAAGCCAUUGGUAGCAGAGAUGUUAGGAACUGUUUGAGCGUCGAAGUUAUUCUUGUUGAAGCCUUGAAUACCAAUAAAAUCAGGGCUUGCUACGAUACUAAAACCAUUGCUGAACUCACCAAAAAUAAGAAUGAUAUUCUCGCUCUCAGGCCGUCUGUAAAUAGCAUAGGAGAAUCUUGCAGGCAACAACAUCCUCUGGAAAGUGACUCUGCUGGAAUGGAAACUUGCAUUACAAAUAACCUUACCACAAGUACCAGCCUUCUCAACGAGAGAGCAAAAGAGUUAGAGACUAAGAUUAACGAUCUUAAAGCUAAUUCCGCAACUUGUAUUCAAGCUGAAGAACAAGGUAUUUCCGCUGAAAGCAAUGCUAUCCCUGGCAGGGCUUUAGCAUGCUUAUAAUAAAUUCGUCAAAGUAUAAAGUAAAUAAAGUAAAUACAUAUUAAUCUGUGUUUUUAUUAUAACCAAUUACACUUUUGGGGACAUAAGGUAUGUCUUGAAACGCUUAUUUUGCGCCACAUUGUACAAAAUCCAUUUAUAAAUAAAACCAUAAUGUGUCUUGAUUACUCUUAUCUUAAUAAGUAAGAUUGUCUAGACUUUUUUAUAUUUAAGUUAUAUUAUAA